AUGAUAAUAUAUUAGAAUUAGAUAGUAAUUUUGAUGAUGAAUCUGUAAUUUCUAUGGAAACUAAUAUUACUAAUGAAAUAAAAUUAUUUGAAAUUUCUGAACCAACAAAAUCAACUAAAUUUACUACUUGUGUUUUAAUAGAUAAUUUUAAUGGUGAAAUUCGUUCUUGUGGAAGUUCACAAAAUUUACAUUGUAUAAAAAAUAUUUUUGGAACUUGGGAAAUUGAUAGUGAAAUGGUUUGUAAGGUAAAUGAUGAUUUGGCAUCUUUAGGAGUUUGUUAUUCACAUCAAAUGUAUGAUCAAACUAAGUUACAUGUAAAAAAUGCAAAAGGAACUAAGAAUUCUUCUUUGGGUUUUAUUAGCAAUAGAAGAUGUCUUUUUUGUAAUAUUAAUAAGACAUUUUAUACCCGUGGUGAGCAAUGUGAUCAACAUUCUUGGACAUUAGUUGGUCGUGAUUUACAAGUUCCUUGUGGUGGUCAAUAUUAUUGUACUUCUUUAACAGAAAUUCAACCAAUUUUAUAUCCUAGUUUAUCUAAUAAAAAAUCACGUUAUGUAUGUACUUCUUGUUAUGAAAAAUAUGGUGGACAUUUUCAUCAAAGAUCUGGGAUAAAAGGAAAAGCCAGUCUUAAUUGCCAAAAAGAUUCUUCUCACAAAAAUGAUGCUAUAGAAUCUCUUCAUUUAAUAGCUAAUUGGUUACUUUAUGUAGCUAAAUAUGAAUCUUCCAAUUUUCAAGAGCAAUUAUCUCAAGAAGUAAUUAAUCUUUUACUAUUUUUACCUUCUUCACAAAAAAUUAAUCAUACAUCUAGUACAUCUAUUUCAAAAGAAUCUAAACCUUUAAAUAUUAUUCCUAGUCCCUUUAUUAUUAAAGCUGCUUUUAAAUUAAAUAAAUUAGAUUUUUUUAAUUAUGAAAACAAAGAAUUUAAUGAACAAGAAAGUUAUGAAUUUGCAAAUAUGAAAAAAUCUAAUAAUAAUACUAGAGAUAGAGUUCAAAAUAGAGAAAGAGAACAACAUUUAUUGUCAUCAAAUAUAUUUACAACUCAAUCUUUAAAUUCAAAUACUAUUGUUUUUAAUGAAUCACAACAUUCUUUUAGUAUGCCUUCUAAUUCCAAUAAUUCUUUUAAUCAAAAUAUUAAUAAUUUGAAUAAUAAUUUGCAAAAUAUACAGUUAAGUUCUCAUACAGAAAUUCAAAAUCUUUCUAAUAUACAAGCUAUUCAUUCUCCUUCAGGUCCAGUUGAAAAUUCCCGCCCAACCAAACGUAUCAAAAGAACAACUCAUAUGCAAGAAUUAUCAUUUCUAGAACCACUAGUGAAUAAUACAAGUGAAGAAAAUAUUAGUAAUGCUAUUCAACAAUUAAACAGUUGGAAUAUAGAAAAUAAUCAUACUGAAAAUAUGUGGAAUAGACAACGCGUAAUUAAGUGGUCAACUCUUCGUUUAAAAAACUUUGCGAAAGAACUUAUAUUGGCAGAAGGAUUUCAGUUUAAAGGUCAAAAAAUCAUAGAAAAACCUUAUAUAUCGAAAUAUUUAAGGAAGCGAGAUAUUUUAACGGGAUUAGUGCCAUUUGAAAGUUCAUAU